AUGAAACAGACUCUGAGCGAACUGUUGAGGAUGAGUAGGAUUUGCCGGAUGGUUUUUGCCACUUGUUUGGGAUCCUUUAUUCUGGUCAUCUUUUAUUUCCAAAGUAUGUUCCAACCAGUCAUGCGGAGGAACCCCUUCAUGGUGGACGGCUGCUGUAGGAAAGGGUCCCGCAACGCCCUGCAGGAGCUCUACAACCCCACACAGCUGGAGUUGUCAGGAGCGGCCGUCCUCCACCAGGCCAGGAGGGAUCAGGUAGUGGACUCCUGUCGAGUCUACAGUGCUUCCAGCCGUAAGCGACGAGUCCUGACACCCGGAGACCUGAAACACCUCGUGGUUGACGAGGACCAUGAGCUCAUCUACUGCUAUGUCCCCAAGGUGGCUUGCACCAACUGGAAACGUGUCAUGAUGGUGCUGACAGGUCGGGGCAAAUACAGUGACCCAAUGGAAAUCCCUUCCAAUGAAGCCCAUGUUCCAUCCAACCUGAAGACCCUGAACCAGUAUAGCAUUGCUGAGAUCAACCACCGCCUCAAGAACUACUUCAAGUUCCUCUUUGUCCGUGAGCCAUUCGAGAGGCUGGUUUCUGCAUACCGCAACAAGUUCACUCUCAAGUACAACUCAUCCUUCCACAAGCGCUUUGGCACCCGUAUAGUCCGGCGCUACCGCAAGAAUGCCACACAGGACGCCCUUGUCAAUGGUGCUGAUGUCAAAUUCAAGGAAUUCACUGAGUACCUGGUGGACCCGGCCACGCAGCGCGAUGGCCCACUCAACGAGCACUGGCAGACCGUCUACCAGCUUUGCCACCCAUGUCACAUCCACUAUGACCUGGUGGGCAAGUAUGAAACACUGGAGGAGGAUGCAAACUAUGUGUUACGGCUGGUGGGUGUCGGCAACUCCCUGCGCUUCCCGAGCUACGCCAAGUCCACUCGUACCACAGAUACCAUGACGGCCCAGUUCUUCAGCAAUAUCAGCACCCAACAGCAGAUCCAACUCUACCAGCUUUACAAGUUGGACUUCCUCAUGUUCAACUACUCCACACCCAGCUACCUCCGGCUGGACUAAUGGAGGACAGAGCUGGGACUCUGAGAAUGGCUGCCUUGUUUAAGAAGAGGCAACAAAAUCAGUAAAGGGCAAAAUUUUUUGGAAGCAAACUUGAUUUAAAAAACUGUCAUCAUACCUUUCAGGUGUGGGGUUUGAAAUAAACAUAAACAGAUGCUGAAAGAAAGAAAAAUAAUGCGUGCUUGUCUG